UGAUUAUGUUCUUUCACUCCAGCGCCACGCAACACACACAGUCGUCUUUUUACAUUUUGGCGAAGUGGUCUUUAAGGAACACGAAAAUGGCUUGUUCCGCCGUACGGUCGCCUAUUCUCCGUAACUCUGCGGUGAGACAUUAUGCAACUGCUACUGCUACCCAGACUUGUGCCGCAACUUGUCUUGAAACUAAAGUACUAAAUAAUAAGAUUGUAGCUGCAUCUCUUGAUAAUAAUAGUCCUAUAUCACAAAUUUCUGUUAUCUUCAGGGCUGGUCCACGAAAUGAAACUUAUCACACUCAAGGUGUUAGUCAUCAUUUACGUAUUGCAGCUGGUUUGACUACAUGUCGUUCCAGUUAUUUUGGUAUAACCAGGAAUAUACAGCAACUUGGAGGAAAUAUAAUCGCUACAAGUGAUCGUGAAAGUAUUGCAUAUACAUUACAAGUUACACGAAAUAAUUUGAAUCAAGCUUUACAAUUUUUAGAAGAUAUUGCUACACAACAAGCGUUUAAGCCAUGGGAAAUAUCAGAUCAGUUACCUAGAUUACGUUAUGAGUUAUCAAGAAUACCUGAUAUAACACGUUUACUUGAACUUCUCCAUAGAACUGCUUAUCGUUCGGGUCUUGGCAAUUCCUUGUAUUCACCUAAGCGACAAGUAGGAAAAAUUAAUUCUGAAACUUUACAGCAUUUUGUCAGUUCAUGGUUUACGGGAUCAAGGUGUGCUGUUGUUGCAACAGGUGUUCCAUUUUCUGAAGUAUGUUCAUUUGCUUCAGCCUUAAAUGUAAAAUCAAGUGAUGCUUGUGAUCAACCUACAAAAUAUUAUGGUGGAGAACUUCGUAAGGAACGUAAUUCGUCAACAGCCAGUGUAGCAAUAGCUGUAGAAUCUGCAGGUUUGAAUAAAGAAAAUGAUGCUUUAGCAUUGGCUGUAUUACAAAGAGCUUUGGGUACUGGACCACAAGUGAAAUGGGGAUCAAGCAUAAGUCCACUUUACAAAACUGUGUCUGGUAUUGCUGGUAAACAAUCAUUUGCUGUUUCCGCCUUUAAUGCUGUUUACUCUGAUUCCGGUUUAUUUGGUAUUGUAAUCUGCAGUGAACCUAGUAUAGCUGGAUCAAUAACAGCAUGUACCUAUAAGAUGUUGAAGUCUCUUAAUUUGUCAGAUGCUGAUAUUAGUCGUGGUAAAAAUGCAUUGAAGGCUGACAUUUCAUGUGCUACUGAAAGUGAUAGUGGACUUUUAGAAAUCUUUCGGCAACAAGCUUUAUUUAAGGGCCAAGUUUGUACGCCACAGGAAAUUAUUGCAAGUGUAGAUAAAAUCACUGCAAAUGAUGUUAAAAAUGUAGCUGGAAAGUUAGGCUCUGGUAAACCAUCUCUAGCUGCAAUUGGUGAUAUUUGCAGUGUUCCAAAUUUAGAUGAAUUGAGUUAGAUAUUAAGCCUAAUAUUCCUACGAAAUUAGUCCAAUUAUUAAUAAACAUCAGAUUCAUAAAGCGAAUGAACGCUUUUACCAGUUCUUAAAAACAGUAUAUACAUGAUCCAUUACGGUUGUAUUGUAAUACUUCUGUACAUACCAAAUAAAAAUAAAUAUUACUA